AUCUAUGUGCCGGGAGCCAUGUUAUUACUGUAUACUUUAUUACUCUGCCGUUAGAUAUAAAAAAUUAGCUUCUCAAGCUAUUGAGAUGAUAGUAUGAACUGCAAAGAGGAAUCCGAUUCCACACGCGAAACCGAACCCCAAGUUUUAAAACGAAAAUUGGAAAGUAAGAAUGAAGCUCUUUUGAUUUUGAGUAGGGAUCUACAACAAUGUCGAGAAGAAAGAGAUCAAUUCAAGUUAAUGGCUGAACAAAUUCAGGAACGCUAUCAGGCCCUAAAAAAACAAUUGGUCGGUGUAGCUCCUCAAUUAAAUUUUAAUUAUAAUAACAUGGAACAUCAAUCGCUUGCAAGACUUCUUUGUGAGAUGAAAGAAGUUAAUAAAGCCCUGCAAUUAGAAGCAGAUGACCUAAAACAAAAGUUGAGCGACUCUCAAGGAGAUAUUAAACUUUUGAGAGAACAAUUAGGACGACAUAGAGUAGGAACAGCUGACGAAGGAUUAAACACGCGUCACUUUCCUGCUUAUGAAAGACAACAAUUGGUCAAAGAGUUGGAAAUUUUAGGUGAUAAACAAAAGCUUCUUGAAAGAGACUUGCAACAACUGUUGGAUGAGAAGGAGGAAUGUGUUAAUGAGAGAGAUAUUUUUAAAAAUAAAUAUAUUAGAUUAAAUAACGAAUUAAACUACAUUUUAAAAGGAGAUGAGAAGCGAAUUGUUGAUAUAGAUGCUUUAGUUAUGGAUAAUAAAUAUUUAAGAGAAAAACUUAACCAAAUGGAGGAGGAAAAAUCAAUGACUCAAGCUGCGCUUUCGAAAUAUCGAAGUAUGCUCGAAAGAAAGAAAUGUAAGACUGCCAGAUUAGGAGACCCUUCUAGAACAGCUGGUAUGGUACUAUCAAAACGACAAGUUACUGAAUUGCUUGAAGAUACAAAUCGCAAGAAUAAUAGCCCCCAAUUAGUUCAUGAUCUUCAAGCUUUGACGUCUGCCUUACUCGAUACUCUAAAUGAUAAAAAUUUAGCUCUUCAACAUCAAAGAAAAAGUAAUAAAAUUCUUGGAGAAAGAAUGACAGAAUUGGAAAAAAAACUUAGGACUCUGGAGGUUUCUGGCCUGUGGAAUGUUGAACAGGAUCAACUCAACAGAAUGGCUGAAGAAUGUGAAGAAAUACGAACUUUAAUUCCAAUUCAAACCUGUGAUACACCUUCAGAAGGGAGUCCAGUUCAUUCCCCUGAAAAGGAAUCUGAAGCAGACGAUGCACAGAAAGACUUAGAUGCCAAUACAGAAACUAAUGAUGCUGUUGAAGGUGCUGCCGAUAAAAUAUUUGAUAAUCAGAGAGAAGAAAACUUUUCGUUAACACAGCCACUUGAUAACUUCUAG